AUUACAACGUCAUCAUUGCAUGGGCUUUAAGAUUUUUUUUUGCUUCGUUCACGAGCGAAUUACCCUGGAUAAGUUGUAACAAUUCAUGGAACACUCCAAAUUGCAGACUGCUGGAAGUUAACGCGUGGAUGGAUAAUGGAACAUUUGAUUAUAUGGGAAAUUCAUCUGAUACGGAAAUAAAAUUAGAAAAUUAUACUUCUGCUGCUUCCGAAUAUUUCACACGGAAAAUUCUAGAACUUGAUAAAAGCUCCGGAUUGGAUAAUCUUGGAACGAUUAAAUGGGAUAUUGCAUUAUGUUUAUUUGCCGUUUACGUUAUUUGUUAUUUUAGUUUAUGGAAAGGGAUUUCAACAUCUGGAAAGGUCGUUUGGUUUACCGCAUUGUUUCCAUAUAUAGUUCUUUUAAUACUUUUCAUACGUGGAAUAACACUUCCUGGAUCCGUUCAAGGAAUUAAAUAUUAUUUAAGUCCUAAUUUUUCUGUUAUUACGAAAGCAGAGGUUUGGGUCGAUGCAGCAACUCAAGUUUUUUUUUCUCUCGGACCUGGAUUUGGUGUACUUUUGGCUUACGCUUCUUAUAAUAAAUAUCAUAAUAAUGUUUAUCAGGAUGCGGUUAUUACGAGUGUCAUCAAUUCCGUCACGAGUUUCAUUGCUGGAUUUGUUAUAUUUUCCGUUUUGGGUUAUAUGGCACACGUGACCAACAGAUCCAUACAAGAAGUUGCGACUGAGGGUCCAGGUUUGGUUUUUGUUGUUUAUCCUGCGGCAAUUGCAACAAUGCCUGGAAGUGUUUUUUGGGCAUUGAUUUUUUUCAUGAUGCUCCUAACAUUAGGAUUGGAUAGUUCGUUUGGCGGAUCGGAAGCCAUUAUAACGGCUCUAAGCGAUGAAUUUCCAUUAAUUGGUCGGAAUAGAGAAAUAUUCGUUCUUUGUUUAUUUACCGUGUACUUUUUAGUAGGUUUGGCUUCGUGUACUCAGGGUGGCUUCUAUUUUUUUAAUCUCUUGGAUAGAUAUGCUGCCGGUUAUUCAAUGUUAUUUGCCGUACUAUUUGAAUCUAUUGCCGUUGCUUGGAUUUAUGGUAACAAAAGAUUUUGUGAUGAUAUUAAAGACAUGAUCGGUUUUGUUCCUGGAAUGUAUUGGCAAAUUUGUUGGAAAUUUGCUGCUCCCGUUUUCUUGCUGUUUAUCAUAGUUUAUGGUCUUGUGGGUUACGAACCCUUAUCCUACGAACAUUAUAUUUAUCCUUCUUGGGCAAAUGCAAUCGGUUGGGUCAUUGCUGCAUCCAGCAUGUGUAUGAUACCUGGAAUGGCCGCUUAUAAAUUAAUCGUAACUCCGGGAACGUUCAAACAAAGAAUAAAAAAAUUAACAACGCCAUGGAGGGACCAACAAGUGAUUGCAGUUAAUGGAGUUUCAUCAGAUGCUAACCAGAUUAAAUUAAGUAGUAUUGAAGUUAAUAGUCAGGCUGUUUAA